UCGACACAGAAAAGGGGCCGCCUUUCGUCGGACGUCUUCGACUUCUUCGAUGCGUGCGGAAGUAUGACACAGCCGGCAGCGGAACGACGGGACCGUUUCGACGUCGCGGCUAUGGAGGGCGGCGCAGAGGGUAGACGUGAUCCGUUGAGUCGUCGUGAGCUGCAGGCUGUGGCGGCGGCUGUGUCCACGAUCGUUCUUCGAUGUCAGCAGGAGAGGGCGCUGGGGCGACUGAAGGACCAGUUGCGUGCGCGUAGAUGGAGGAAAUUGACGCAAGAUCCGUUCGAUGGGGCCGAUUACGUGGUGACGUCGGAGGCUGUUGUUCAGCUGUGCUACGCGCUCGGUUGCGGAGUGAUACCACGUGCGACGCCGCGGUGGUGGGUGAAGCGCAGGACAGGAGGCACGUGGGAAGAUUUGAGGCAAUGCGACAAUGCGAUAGACGACUACUUUCUGGAUAAGCUUCGAAUGUCGCCGCGAGUGUUCAGGGAAAUCGCGGAGGCGUGUGCGCCUCAUCAUCAGGGGCGGGUGACGUUCUACAGGGAGCCUUUGCAGCCGGACCACAUUUUGGCGUACGCGUUGUAUAGGUGGGCUUCAGAAGAGACGUACAAGAGCAGCACAUGCAACUUCGGGAUUGGGCGAGCUUCUGGGUUGAUUGUCAUCCGCAACAUUACUGCCGCGCUGCUAAGAGUCUUCAGAGAGAAGAUCGCAUGGCCGACGGAACUUCGAAAACUCGUCGUUCUGCGGGCGUUUGCUGAUAAAGGGUUCCCCAACUGUCACGGUUGCAUUGAUUGCACUCACGUCUUCGUCGACAAGCCGGCGAACGCUCCAAGCGAGAACUACUAUGACAGGAAGCGUCGUUUCUCCAUCGUAGGGCAGGUUGUCGUCGACCUGGACUUGUGUGUGCUCGACGUGCACAUGGGAUACCCAGGAAGCUGCCACGACAUCAGAGUGCUGCAGUUGUCCAGCCUGUUGCAGCGCGCAGAGGAGGGGUCGUUGUUUUGUGGUCCCCCCGUCACAUUGCCGUUCCGUGUGAAGACGAACGGGUACAUUCUGGCGGACAAUGGAUACCCCCCUUCCGAAUGGAUGGUGGUCCUGUACGGAGGCAUCAAUCAACACGUCGGCGAGGAGCGGUUCGACAACAAACAGAAGGUGGCGAGGGGAGCGGUGGAGAGGGCGUUCGGCAGGCUGAAGGGCAUGUGUCGGUUGUUUCUGCGGACACACAAGACAAACCUGGACACGCUCCCGCAUCAGGUCACGGCCGUCUGCAUACUGCACAACAUGCUGAUCGACGCAGGAAUCCCCUUCGACGAGAAUCUGCUGUGGGAGGUCGACGCGAAUGGUGUGCGACGACGUGUGGACCUGGGGAUUGAACAGCCCCUCCAUCCUGUUUCGAUGUUGACGUCGACAGACGAAGCGUUGGCGUUGAGGGAUGCUUUGGCGGAAAGAUUGAAAUACGAGUGAGUCGUGUUUCUUUUGUGGACGGCAGCGCGUGGAAGUGCAUUCAUUGCACCAAUGGGCGGAGGGCAGAAUCCUUGUUCCGUC